AAAAUGACUUAAAAAAGGGAUUGUUUUGUACUUUUUACACAGUUCCACUAAGAGCAUUGAGAACACUUAAACAUCUGAUAAGACAUGUGAUAAACGUUAACCUAAUGUGAUAGUACGGAAAAUUACAAUAACAUAACUUUUUGGACAGAACAACACAGCAAAAUUCUUCAUGGAAAAUGUAAAAACUCAAUCAAAAUUCAUAGUAAAAUUACAGUAAAAUUAUCAGAAAUUAAUAUAACACUAUACAAAUUAUAUAAUACAAAGAAACAGACAUGAAAGAAAUUAUCUCCAUCCACAUUGGUCAAUCAGGUACACAGAUAGCGAAUGCUUGUUGGGAGUUGUACUGUCUGGAGCAUGCUAUCAGGCCAGAUGGACUCGUCUACCCUGGCUAUGAACGCUGCAGGGAUAGAUCGUUCAACACCUUCUUCGAAGAUAAUAGUGGAAAAUAUGUGCCGAGAUGCGUCAUUUUUGAUUUGGAACCAACUUGCGUAGACGAGAUAAGAACGGGAGCCUAUCGUCAGCUGUUCCACCCAGACACGCUGAUCUCGGGCAAAGAGGACGCGGCGAGCAACUUCGCACGUGGCUACUACACGAUCGGCAACGAAAUGUCCGAACUGGUGCUUGACCGCAUCCGUAAAGUGGCCGAGAACUGUGCCAACGUCCAAGGCUUCAUAGUGGUGCGCUCUUUCGGCGGAGGCACAGGGUCCGGGUUCACUGUCAAUCUGCUCGAGCGCAUGACUAACGACUACGCCAAGAAAAACAAAAUCGAGUUCGCCAUCUAUCCAUCGCCCAGGAUAUCACCGUUGAUCACUGAGCCGUAUAAUGCAUGUCUAACCACUCAUGGAAGUCUCAACGUGUCCGAUUGUUGUUUCAUUUUCGACAACGAGGCUUUCUAUGACAUUUGUGCCCGCAACUUGGAUGUAAAUCGACCAACCUAUACGAACCUCAAUCGUCUAAUUGGACAGGUAAGUCUUGUAUCUCAUCAUCUAAGAAUUUAUUCAAUUAUGCAUUCUAUGGUUCAUUGA